AUGCGCGCACGGUUCCUGGUCCUCGUCGGCCUGCGCGCCGCGUCUCCCUGCUUCGACGUCGUGCUGCUCGACAGCUUCGGCGACGGGUGGCAGGGCGCGGCGGUCGUCGUCACCCGGGCGAAGGACGCACUGUCGCCGCCGCUGCUCGUCGGCCAGCUGGCCAGCGGCUACUCCGAGACCGUCGAGCUCUGCCUCGCCGACGGCUGCUACGACGUCGCCGUCGGCGAAGACCUCUACGCGUCGGAGGUCUCCGUCGUCGUCGACGGCCGCGCGACGGCCGGCGCGCCGGCGAACGCGUCCUUCGCCGUCGAGGCCGGGCGCGUCGGCGCCUGGGGCUCCUGCGCGACGCGCGCGCCGACGCUCACGGCCGCGCCGUCGGCGAGCGCCCGCCCGACGGCCGCGCCGAGCCACCCGUGCGCGGAGAUCGUCCUCCGAGACAGCUACGGCGACGGCUGGCAGGGCGCGGCGCUGGCCAUAGCGCGCGGCGCGGUCACGGUCUUCACGGGCGCGCUGGCGAGCGGCGACGAGGCCGUGGAUUUCGCGUGCCUCGACGACGGGUGCUACGCGGCGGCGCUCGGCAACGACACGUACCCGAGCGAGGUGUCGGCGACCGUCGGCGGCCACGCGCUCGCCGGCGCGCCCGCGGCGGCGGACUUCCUCCUCGCCGCGGGGGUCGUCGUCGCCUGGGGCACCUGCGACACGCCGGCCCCGACGGCGACGGCGUCGCCGAGCGCCGCGCCGACCGCGGGCCCGACGGCGCCGCCGACGACGGCGGGCCCGUCCGUCGCGCCGACGUCGCGGCCGACGGCCGCGCCGUCGCUCACGGCGGCGCCCACGGCCACGCGCGCGCCGACGAAGACGCCCUGGUGGCACCACUGGAUCACCAGCGCGACGCCGUUCUGCCGCCUCGGCGACGCGAGCCUCUGCGCGGGCAACCACCACUUCCUCGUCGAGGUCACGCAGCACGGGCCCUUCGAGGCCGUCCCCGCGAACUGGACGGCGCCGGCGCUGGCGGACCUCGACGGCGACGGCGACGUCGACCUCGUCGCGGCCGGCGCGGCGGGCGCGGCCUACUGGGAGAACGACCCGGACCCGCGCGGGACGCCCGCGUUCGCCGCGGCGGCGGACAACCCCUUCGCGGACGUCGCGACGUCGGAGUGGAGCUCGCUCGUGCUCGGCGACGUCGACGGCGACGGCGAUCUGGACCUGCUCGUCAACGGCGACGUCGACGGCGACGGCUACGUCUUCGGCAUCCGCUACUGGGAGAACGUCGGGUCGUCGCGGUCGCCGGCGUUCGCCGAGGCGGACGACAACCCCUUCGCGGGCGUCGAGAUCGCCUUCUUCUCGCGCCCCGCGCUCGCGGACCUGGACGGCGACGCGGACCUCGACCUCGUCGUCGUCCACGACGCCGACGACGACGGCCUCGGCGAGCUCUACUACUACGAACACGUGGGGCAGACGCGGCGGCCCGCCUACGAGCUCCGGGCGGCGAGCCCCGUCGCCGGCAUCGCGCUCGACUCCUACUACGGGGAGCUGGACUUUGGGGACGUCGACGGCGACGGCGACCUGGACCUCGCGCUCGGGGACCGCGCGGGCGCGCUCCGCUUCUUCGACAACCAGGGCUCGAGCGCGGCCGCGGACCUCGUGGAGAUGACCGGCGCCGCGAGCCCCGUCCACGGCGUCGACACGGUCGGCUGGAGCUCGCCUACGUGGGUGGACCUCGACGGCGACGGCGACCUGGACCUCGCGGUCCACGCGCGCGGCGGCGCCGAGCACGACUACGCCGCGGCGCUGCGCUACUUCGACGACCUGAGCUCCGCGGCGCGCGCGCGCUUCACGCUCCUCGCCGACACGGCGGACCCCUUCGCGGGCGUCGCCGCGGGGAGCUUCUCGAUGCCGGCCUUCGGGGACACGGACGGCGACGGCGACCUGGACCUCGUGCUCGGCGAGCGGCUCGGGUCGCCCGUGGGCUGGGGGAACGUCGGGUCACCGACCGCGCCGGACUUUUCCGUCUCGGACAAGGCGCGGCCCGUCUACAUGGGCGCGGGCCAGGCCCUCGCGUUCGCGCCGGCGCUCGGCGACGUCGACGGCGACGGCGACCUGGACCUCGUGCUGGGGGCGGCGUCGGGCGGCCUCUACCUGCUCCGGAACGUCGGCGGCGCGUCCGGGGCCGCGUUCACGACGGUCAAGGCCGAGUACGACCCGUUCGACGGCCUCGCCGUCGGCGGGUACAGCAUGCCGGCGCUCGGCGACGUCGACGGCGACGGGGACCUCGACGCCUUCGUCGGCGCCGCGGACGGCUCCGUCGCCUACUGGGAGAACGCGGGCACCAGGCACGCGCCGGCCUACGAGGCGCGCGCGGGCUUGGCGAACCCGCUCCGCGCGCUCGACGUCGGCGCCUACGCGGCGCCCGCGCUGGGCGACCUCGACGGCGACGGCGACCUCGACCUCGUCGUCGGCGCGGAGGACGGCAGCUUCUGGUUCUUCUACUCCGACGGCGCGGCGCCGCCGUCGUUCCAGUACGUGAACGCGAACGUGUUCUUCGCGGGCGCCGAGGCGCUCGGCGCGAAUCUCGACUACGCGGCGCCCGCGCUCGCGGACGUCGACGGCGACGGCGACGUCGACCUCGUCGUCGGCGGCGAGGGCGGCGACCUCCACCUCUACGCCAACGGCUUCUGCACGAAGGAGGCCGACGACUGCUCGGGGAACGGGUUCUGCGACGCGACGCACCGGCCCUACUACGGGGCCGUCUGCCGCUGCCUCAGCGGGUUCACGGGGGCCCAGUGCGGCGAGUGCCAGCGCGGCUUCUGGGGAAACGCAUGCGACCUCUGCCCGGAGGGCGGCGGCGAGGACCGCGACGCGCCGCGCAUCGUCGACACGUGCGGCGUCGCCGGCAGCGGCCGGUCGCGCGGCGCCUGCGACGAGGGCUUCGCGGGCACGGGCGCCUGCGCCUGCGUCGAGCCGUUCCACGGCGCCAACUGCACGCUCGGCGAGUGCCCGUCGGGGACCUUCGAGGACGACGCGCAGAGCGCCGACGGCCUCUUCCGCCGCGCGGCCUGCGUCGGCUGCGACCAGGGCAGGUACUCCAACGAGGCGGACGGCCGCCCCCUCAUCUGCCUCCCCUGCGCGGAGCCGUCGACGACGAUCGGCGCGUCCUCGACGUCGUGCGACGCGUGCGUCGCCGGCCACUACAUGUCGCGCGACGGCGACUGCGAGUACUGCGACGAGGACGGCCACGUCUGCGACGUCGCGGGCAUCACGGUGGCGACGCUCGUCGUGCGCCGCGGCCACUGGCGCGGGUCCGCGGCGACGACGACGACCUACGCGUGCCCGCGGUCGAAGAACUGCAAGGGCGGCGCCGCGGCGGGCGACGACCUCUGCCGCGGCGACUCCAAGGGCGUCCUCUGCAACGCGUGCCGCGCGGGCCACUACCGCGUCGCCUCGGGCGGCCAGCGCGGCAAGUGCCUGCCCUGCGACGCCGUGAGCGCCGAGUCCGUCGCGCUCUGCCUGCUCAUGGCCUUUGCGGCCCUCGGCGCGCUCGCGCUCGUCGCGCGGCGCCGCGCGCGCGGCGCCGCGGCGCGCCGCGAGCGGCGCGAGGGCACCUGGCGGUCCCUCCUGCCGGCGUCGUGGCGGUCCUGGGGCUCAAAACGGAUCAAACCCUACGACGCGGACCGCAAGAAGCGGCCGAGCGACGACGCGGCCCGGGCCGUCGUCGACGCCGCGGCGUUGGCCGUCGCCGAGGCGGCGCAGGCGCAGCAGCAGUGGGUCCGGGACACGAUGGAGGCCGCGGGGGGCCAGGCGGCGACGCUCGCCAAGGCGCUGCGCGUCGAGCAGCUCUACCUGCCGUCGGAGCACCGGCGCUGGUACCGGGAGACGGCGAAGACGCUCUGGCUCGCGGGCCAGGUCGCCGUGCUCUUCCUCAAGUUGGAGAAGGUCGACAUCCCGCGGCCCUUCUCCUGGGUCGUCGCGGGCCUCGAGUUCGUCACGCUCGAGCCCCUGACGUCGCUCUUCUUCUCGCCCUGCGCCAUCUUCGACCACUACACGUCCGUGACGCUCACGACGCUCGUGCCCGUGCUCUUCGGCGUCGUCGCCGCGGCGGCGGCCGUCGGCGUCUUCCUCUUCAACCCGGAGAGCGACUGGCGCGCCGUGCGGCGCCGCUGCGGGAAGAACUACGUGACGGCCCUGCUCCUCUUCCACCCCAUGGUCUGCAUCCACAUCAUCGGCCACUUCCACUGCGACGGGCCCUUUGUCGUCGCGGGCGGCCGGCGGCGCCACGUGCUCGCGUCGGACUACGCCGUGUCCUGCGACGGCGCGAUCUGGCACCUCUACGCCGCCUACGCCGGGCUCAUGCUCGCCGCGUUCGUCGUCGGCGCGCCGCUCGCGGCGCUCGCGGCGCUCCGGCGGAACCGGCCCGCGGGGCGCGUCGCGCCGCCGUCGGAGCUCGCGAAGCUCGACGGCGCGCUCGCGAGCCUCACGCAGCGCUACACGCCCCAGUUCUGGUGGUUCGAGGCCGUCGCGGUGCUCGUGCGCCUCCUCUUCGGCGGGCUCACGGUCAUCUUCGUGCCGAACGCGCCCGCGCUCCGCGUCGCGCUCUGCCUCUUCGGCGUGUCCGCCUACCUCUGGUUCACGGCGGCGUUCCGGCCCGUGGCGCGGGCGUCGAGCCACGUCGUCGAGUCCCUGGCCUACGCCAUGCUCUGGUUCCUCGCCUUGUACGCGACGGUGUCGGAGACGCGCGCGGGCGACUCCGUCAAAGGCGCGUGCUCCGCGGCGCUCUUCGUGUUCGUGGUGGCGGUCUGCGGGCUCACGCGCCACAUCAAGUCCAACGAGGGCGACUUCAAGCUCGGCGACGCGAUCCUGCGGCGCGAGCCCUUUGCGGCGGCGAAGUUCGAGGCCGCGACGUCGCGGUCCUCGAAGCUGCUCUACGACUGCGUGUCCCACGCGGCGUCGGAGAUCGUCGACGCGCCGGACCCGGCGGGCAUGGCCUACCUGCGGGCGCACCUCGUGGCGCUGGGGAGCGUCUGGGAGGACCGCGUGGCCGCGGCGGAGGCGUGCCGCGCGCGGCGCGACGCGCUCGAGGCGCAGCUCGCGCGGCUCGGCGGGGCCCCGGGGCCGCCGGAGGCGCAGCUCGCCCGGCUCUUCGGCGACGCCGCGCCCGUGGCCGUGAGCACGCGGCGGCGGCGGAGCAUGGAGGACCUCCGCGCGUUCACGCGGCGCGGCGCGGCGCCGGACCGGGGCCCGGGGAGCCCCGAGGCCGCCGCGCUCGGCUUCGGCGACGUGCUCGAGCUCGUCGCCGAGACGACGUGGUCCCGCUUCGAGGUGCUGCGCCUCGACGCGCUCUGGGCCAUGAACGGCACGUCCGAGGUCAUGGCGCGGCGCUGCGCGUCGUUCCUGGCCGCGGAGCCCUGGGGCUCGGACCUGCGGGGCCUGGCCAACGUCGAGGCGCCCGCGGCGCAGCCGCCGCUGGAGAGGCCCGACCUGCGAGCGGCCCUCGACGGCCUCGCGACGGCGCGCGCGCGCGCCGCGCACCGCGCGGCGCUCGACCGGGGCUGCCUCGCGGAGCUGCUCCGCGCGCUCGCGGCGGCGUCCUACGGCGACUUCGAGGCGCACCUCCGGCGGCUCGUGCCCGGCGCGCGCACCUACGGGGAGGACACCGGCGCGGAGCCGGGCAGCCCGCUCGCGGCCGUGAAGCCGCCGCCGGCGCGCGCGUGGGGCGCGCGCUGCGCGCUCAAGUGCGCGCGGGACAUGUCCGUGAAAGCCGCGCCGCGCAUGACGGCGAAGAUCGCCGAGGCGUGCGAGGGCGGCGGCGGCGACUGGCCCCACUGCGCGCGCGUCACGGACGCGCUCCGCGCGUCCGUCCUCUGCGACGACGCCGAGGCCUUCUGGCACUGCUUCCUCGCGAUCCGCGGCGACCCGGCGGACGAGGCCCAGACGCUGCGGGUCGUGCGGCUCCGGAACAAGCUCGGCGCGGGCAAGACGCCCUUCAACCUGCACGUGAACGGCCUCUUCCGGCCCAGCGCGCUCGCGGACCCGAUCCUCGUCGAGAUCCAGAUCUGGGCGACGCCCAUCAUGGCGCUCAACGACGUCUCCCACGCGCAGUACGAGGUCGUGCGCGCGGGCGCGCCGGGGGAUAUUUAG